UACUUUGCCUUAGCCUGAAUAAACAAGAUGGCGGGCGUUGUGAUAGUUCCACGAAACUUCCGACUUCUUGAAGAAUUGGAAGAAGGUCAGAAAGGCGGAGACGGAAUGGUCAGCUGGGGUCUGGAAAGUGACAAUGAUAUGAGUUUGACCCUAUGGACUGGCACUAUCAUCGGUCCACCUAGAACUGUAUUUGAGAACAGAAUUUACACUUUGGCUAUCAAAUGUGGUCCUAAAUACCCAAGUGAAAAACCUGAAGUGAGAUUUAUUACAAGAAUUAACAUGCAUGGUGUUGACUCGAGAGGAGUUGUUCAAACUUGUCCCAUUUUGAAAAACUGGAGACGUGAAAAUACAAUAAAAUCUCUUUUGACAGAUCUACGAAGAAUAAUGGCUCUAAAGGAAAACAUGAAAACAUCCCAACCACCUGAAGGCGCUACUUAUUCCUGAAGGAUCUACCAUACUUAAUAUUAUAAAAUUUCUUUCUGGUAUUUAGCAUGUUGAAAUUGUGUGGUAGGUUUCUUUUUUGUUGAAUGAAAAUAUUAAAUUUGUUUAUAGAAAGA